AUGGAGCCCGCCAGGCGCCGCAAGGCGAAGAGCGCCUGGGACAGCUGGUCAGACGGCUCCCCCGCCAAGUACCGCAAAUGCUCCAAGGAAGGGCCGCCGUGUCCGUCCUCCCGCUCCGGCUCCGCCACCGCGCACCCGGCGGCAGAGGCCGGGAGCGCUGGGAAGCCAGCGGCAUGCGGACGGGCGCGGACCUGGCUUUCCCCACAGCCCGUUCGCCAAGGGCUUUCUGCCGGCGAGACAUCCAGGGCCGCGCUCUCUGCACGAGGCUCCUCCCCUGAGUCAGCAGACGCAGCAGGUGGGAGCAGCAGCAGCCUGGAAGAGGGGGCUAGGGGCUCUUCCCUUCCCAGGAGAGCCUUGCUCAGGAAACAUCCUGGCUGGGAAAUUUCCAAGGCAGACAUGGUCUCCAUGCCCCGGAAAUCCUUGAACCGGGAGCUUUAUAAAUCCAAGGGUGGUGCAGGCUGUAACCUCACACCAAGGACUGAAGGUAAAGGUGUCUCAGAAGAACAGACUGUGGAUCAUAGGAAGAAGAGAAUGAAGGAUCAGGGAUCCACAGUAAUAUACCUUAAAGCUCUCCAGGAUGCAUUUGGGAAAACAUUGGGGAAAAAGGUCAGAAAGGAGGCAUCUACAUCAGAUGGAGAUCAAGAUCAAAGCCCCUGUCCUAGUAAAGAGCCUUGCAAAUCAGAUGGCAACUCAAGAAGUAUCUGUGCAGUUUCAAGGCGUGAAGAAUAUCAGCAACCUCAGCUAGAUUCAGACAGACAGAAAACUUCAGUAGAUGAAAACAAUGCUUGUGCUAGUUCAGUUAGCACUGGACAGAGUAACCCCAAAGAACAGUAUGUGGAUUACCAAAGGCCAGAUAUUGCAGGACCCUCUCCAAAGCUUGUAUUUGUGGAUGAACACAAUUCGAGUUCAGAAGACGAUUAUGAGUUCCAAGAGCGAGAUAUGCUGGAAAAGGAUCCCUCCGUGGGAAGUGAUUGGUCUGAUGUGGACGAUGUAGAAUCUUUAGCUAGGUUCUCCCAGGAGGAUUCAGUUCCACAUCACAAUAGGUCAGUUAUUUUGGAGAAUUCACCAGUUAUAACUGAUUACGUAAUGUGCCCGGCUCAUCUCUACAAUCGCCCAUGGGGUGACUUUGCGAAGUGCUGGACAAGUAGUCCAAAACCACCUAAUCGUUCAUUUUCAAACCCCAGUGAGGAUACUACUUAUUUAGGUGGCUCAAGUAGCAGUCAUCUUUGUGAUAUUUCUGUAGAAUUUGCAGCAUGCACUCCUUCCAAUACAUCGAAAGAUCUAGAGUCUGCAAUUGAAGGUGGACAUUGGAGAUCACAUUCCUUUGAGUCUUCCCUGGUCUCUGAGGAGAAAAGCAAAAUGUCUAGCAAGGAAGCAGAAUCAUAUGCUCCCAUUAUCUCUAGAGCACGGAUGUCUGAUUCUUUUACUUCUGAAUAUGUAAACCAGGAAGCAACUAUUGAACUCCCUAAACAUUUACAGGAGGGUUUCAUUGAUACCCAUUGCCACCUGGACAUGCUAUAUUCCAAGAUGUCUUUCAGGGGUACGUUUGCAAAGUUUAGAAAAGUUUACAAUAGCUCCUUUCCUAAAGAAUUUCAAGGCUGUAUAGCUGACUUCUGUGAUCCUCGGACCCUAAAGGACUUCUUGUGGGAGGAUUUGUUAAAAGAAGAAAUGGUUUGGGGAGCAUUUGGCUGUCAUCCACAUUUUGCACGUUACUACACAGACCUCCAUGAAAGAAAUCUCUUACAGGCACUGAGGCACCCGAAAGCUAUUGCAUUUGGAGAGAUGGGUCUAGACUACUCUUAUAAAUGCUCUACUGAUAUCUCCAAGCAACACCAAGUAUUUGAAAAGCAGCUGCAACUAGCUGUGUCCUUAAGGAAACCCUUGGUAAUACACUGCAGAGAGGCUGAUGAUGAUCUGCUGGGGAUCAUGAAAAAGUUUGUGCCUAAAGACUACAAGAUACACAGGCAUUGCUUUACUGGUAGUUAUGAUGUCAUAGAGCCAUUGCUAGAGCAUUUUCCAAACCUUUCUGUGGGAUUCACUCCACUGCUGACUUACUCAUCUGCCUUUGAAGCCAGAGAGACGAUAAGAAAAAUUCCUUUGAACAGAAUAAUUGUCGAAACGGAUGCUCCCUAUUUCCUCCCUAGGGAGGUUCCCAAAAGCAUUUGCCAGUAUUCUCACCCAGGAUUAGCCCUGCACACAGUGAGAGAGAUUGCCCGUCUGAAGGACCUGCCACUCUCCCGUACCUUGGCUGUUCUAAGGCAGAACACCAAUCACGUGUACAAUCUAUAGGAUGGUGCUAGCAAAUGUGGAGAAGAGCGAGGUCAGGAAAGCUACUGUGAAAUGGUGAAAAACCCUUCAAGUGACAUCUAUAUUAUGUCUUCUGUGGCCCCCGAAAUGUUAUGCUGCAAUCCAACUUGGAGAUGAUGGUUAGUGUUAAGUACUCAUGACUUGCCACCCCUACUCCUCCCAAAAGAGUUACACAUUCCCUUUUAAUUCUCUACUGGCCCAUUGUCUCCCUAUGGCAUGCCACAAGAAAGGGUGUUGAGGUCUUUGUUGGGUAAAUGGUUUUUCUUGUGGAGACAAAGAGAAUCUGCUGUGGGAAAUAUUAUGGGAUUUUAUUCAACUUUAUUUGUAUUAGCCUGUUCAAGAGUGAACAGCCUAUAAUUAUUGAGCAGAUAUGGAUUACUUGGGUGUAGUUAGAGCCCAAAAGGGGGAUAAUGAUCUUGGCUUCUUAAAGCACCUAAUUGCUGAGGCUAUACAGAGAAGAGUAUGCAUCAGAGCAGAGAAUUUGAUGCAUAACUAUGCACAGAGUUCCUCAUGCCACAGAAUGAAAACAUAUCCCAAAUUGUUAAGUGUUGUUUGUAUACCAGUGCCUUUCUUUGGAUAAAGUAUACAGCAUGUAGGUGCCAAAUAAGCUUUUAAAUUUUUUCAGCAAAAUGUUAAAAUUACCAGAGUGUUGAAUAGCCUCAAAAAGACAUCAGUUUUUUUUGGCUACAGUGAGGUUUUAAGAGAACCGAAGUGGAGUAUGAACAUAGAAGCCCACUGAUCCCACUUUUGAUGGAUCCUGUAGUAUGCAAUUGAAUGUGGAAAUCCAUCCUGAAUGUUCUUAUAUGGGGUUGUGGCCCAGCUAUGUUAUCAUGAAGAAAAAUGCCUGUGUAACAGAAAUGCAAAGCACUUUGGUGAAUAUACGUCUCAAAAUUAGCUUUUGUAAAAGUAAGUCUAAUUUUAAACUACUUCAGGCCAGUUUUAACGUCUUUCAGAGGGCAAUUUGACAAAUGACAAUGACUUAAUUUUUCUGUAAUAUAGGUUACUUUUAAUGUACCUUGAAACUACAGUUGAAACUUUUUUAAAGCUUAUUUGUAAAUAAAGAUCUCUGAGAAAGAGAUACUGUUAAAUUGUUGUUUGGUUUAUACAGAACUGUGCUAAUAUUUUGUAGAUUAAUUUUAGUUAUCUGUAAAACCUAGAUUAUUAGAUUGGGACUCUUCCAUUUAUCAAUCGGGCAACCCCUCCAAACUAAUAAAUGACACUGUGAAAAUGUUCAGUUACACCUUUCCACUUUGUACAUUGUCCACAUCUGUAUGCUAGUAUCAAGCAGGUGUUGUGUCCUCAUGUUCUGCACAAAGGUUUUUAAAUGCAUAAUUUUCUAAAAGUAUUACUCCAAAUAUUAAUGUAAGUACACAUAGCCUGUCUUAAAUCAACAGACUGAAAGAUUUGAAUGUGAAGCUGUCCAGUAUUUCCACCACAUAAGUGUAUAUCUCAGUAGGUUUGGCUAUACCACCGCCCCCCUCAUGGAUCACUGCCACAUGUGAAUUUACUAAUCUUUUUGACAAAGCAACAGUUUUAAAGCUUUCAUGUUCUAAAGGGUAUAAUUUGCUGCUCCCCUUCCUCUUUAGGACCACUAAGGAGACAAUAUUGUGUUUAUUGAAAUUAACUGCAAAAUUCUCAUUUACUUCAGUGGGAGCCGGAUAGGGCCCUUGUAAUGAUGUCAACUUAUGCCUUAUGUAAUUAACUCAGCUAUUAAAAGAUGACUUCAUAUACACAUCUCUUUAUCAUAUACAUAGGUGUAUAAUGGAGACUGAAAUUUGCAUCAGGUGCCACAUGUAUAUAGAAUCAGUUAACAAAUGACUGCGGUUUCAACACUAGCUUUAUUUUCUGCUGAAAGAAGCAUAUGGUAAAUUAACACAGUUUUCCCCUCACUUUUUUAGAACAGGUAGCUUCAGUCACAUAGUUUUGAAAGGUAAGAAAACAAUUUAGAUUUCAGUGUUUGACCUUGCUUGCUGUUAUCUGUCUACCAUACAUAUACUACUUGCAACCUCAUCAAAAGAUCUGUUGCACAACAAAACGUCAUUUUUUUAAAACUACGAACUGUUCAGCUUCAUGCAUUUGUCUUUUAACGCAUGCUAUUAUCAUCUGUUGCACAAUGUAAAGCAAGAUUUAAAGCAAUCCAAGCCAAUGAGUGGAACUUUGUUGUACUCUAAUCAGUUUGUAACAUCUUCAUGUUUCAACUCGUGCCAAUUUUGGGUUUCUGAAAGGGAAGAGGGUAGAGAUUUUAAUUUUUCCUUUUUUUUGUUUUACUUUUUAAUUAUUUAAGAGGUAUUAACAGGUUUACAAAUCCUUGCCAUGUAACUUUCAGAAACAAAACAAUUGAUGUUAUUGACAGACAUACAAGAAUACAGUGAUCAGAUCUCUCUAACAGGAUAUUACCAUAUUACAGAGUGAGAUUCAUAACAUCUGUGUUGUAGUUUCUAGAGAUUUUAUUGGGUGAAAUCUCUGAUUACUCAUUUAACAGACCAGACG